AUGCCCACCUAUAGCACUCAAGAAGUAAACUUCCUAGACCUAACGAUCAAAAUUCAAAGAAAUAAAAUAGUAACUCAGACAUACUCCAAGCCUACAGACAGCAACAGUUUUAUCUCCCUGGACAGUUGUCACCUUCCGGUCUGGCUUACCAACAUCCCACGCAGCCAAUAUAUUCGCCUGAGAAGGAAUUGUACACUAAGCGAACAAUUUGAACAGGAGGCAGACAAUCUAAGUAAAAAAUUUGAGGAAAAGGGAUAUAAUGUCAUUGAAUUAGAUAAAAUUAAACAGGAGGUUCUAAAGAGAGAGCGAAAAUCACUCAUACAAAAGAAUGAAGAGACUAGCAAGAAGAAUGUAUAUAACAAAACACAAGAAAAUCCUGAUUUCAACAUACCGAUAAUCACUCAGUACCAUGGAAAACUAUUCCAAUUCAGACAAAUUAUAAAAAAACACUGGGAUAUUCUUAAACAUGACAAAAUCAUUGGGGAGAAAUUACCCAUGGCACCUAAAUUCAUCUUCAGGAAGUCAAAAAACUUGGGGAAUAUGAUAGCUCCAUCUAUCAGAACCAAUAAGGAUGGAAAUAGGAAGAAACUGAGUGUACCUGAAGAUAAACAGGGAUUUUUUCCAUGCAGAACGUCCCUCCAUCUCACAAAGUGUUUAGAUUCUAACCCUGCUGGGAAUUCCGGGUGUCCCCAGAUGCCCAUAUAUUUUGAGAGCAAGAAAGAGCAUUCCAGUAAAAAUAUUAAGGGCAAAGCUGUAUUAUCACUAAAUUAUAAAGAGGAAGCUGAAGAUAUCAUGCACCGCUCCUCAGGAGAAAACCUCAUUACCCUUAGUGUACACCCAGGACUUCAAAGUACAGAUCUAUUAUAUAACCCCCCUCAUCAAGAGGGACCUUCCCCUGACCAAUUACAGAUUGUUACCGAAAAUACAGGUCAGAAAGGGGAUAAAAAGUUUCAGGGUGGUAAACAGUUUAUAGAAGAAUCAAGACUUUCUACACACAAAAGAAUUCACACAGCAGAGCAGCUAUACUCCUGUUUAGAAUGUGGGAAAUGUUUUACAAAAACAUCACAUCUUAUUCAACAUAAGAGAAUUCACACAGGAGAGAAACCAUAUUCGUGUUCAGAAUGUGGGAAAUGUUUUACAGAUAAAUCAAAUGUUGUUAGACAUAGGACUAGUCACACAGGAGAGAAGCCAUAUUCAUGUUCAGAAUGUGGGAAAUGUUUUACACAAAAAACAGAUCUUGGUAUACAUGAGAGAAAUCACACAGGAGAGAAGCCAUAUUCCUGUUCAGAAUGUGGGAAAUGUUUUACAAAUAGACAAUAUCUUGUUAUACAUGAGAGAAUUCACACAGGAGAGAAGCCAUAUUCAUGUUCAGAAUGUGGGAAAUGUUUUACAAAGAGAUCAUAUCUUGUUACACAUAAGAGAAGUCACACAGGAGAGAAGCCAUAUUCAUGUUCAGAAUGUGGGAAAUGUUUUACAAGGAGAUCAUAUCUUGUUACACAUGAGAGAAGUCACACAGGAGAGAAGCCAUAUUCAUGUUUAGAAUGUGGGAAAUGUUUUACAAAGAGAUCAAAUCUUGUUGUACAUCAGAGAGGUCACACAGGAGAAAAGCCAUAUUCAUGUUCAGAAUGUGGGAAAUGUUUUACAAAGAGAUCAUAUCUUGUUACACAUGAGAGAAGUCACACAGGAGAGAAGACAUAUUCCUGUUCAGAAUGUGGGAAAUGUUUUACAAAUAGACAAUAUCGUGUUACACAUGAGAGAAGUCACACAGGAGAGAAGGCAUAUUCAUGUUCAGAAUGUGGGAAAUGUUUUACAAAAACAUCAAAUCUUAUUCAGCAUAAGAGAAUUCACACAGGAGAGAAACUAUAUUCAUGUUCAGAAUGUGGGAAAUGUUUUACACAAAAAGCAGAUCUUGUUAGACAUGAGAGAAGUCACACAGGAGAGAAGCCAUAUUCAUGUUCAGAAUGUGUGAAAUGUUUUACACAAAAAACAGAUCUUGUUAGACAUGAGAGAAGUCACACAGGAGAGAAACCAUAUUCAUGUUCAGAAUGUGGGAAAUGUUUUACACUUAAAUCAUGUCUUGUUAGACAUCAGAGAAGUCACACAGGAGAGAAACCAUAUUCAUGUUCAGAAUGUGGGAAAUGUUUUACACUUAAAUCAUGUCUUGUUAGACAUCAGAGAAGUCACACAGGAGAGAAGCCAUUUUGA